AUGCAGGCUGCAACUCUAUUUUCGAUUAGCGUGCCCCAGAUAGACCCGACUCUUGUGAAUGCGUACCCGCUUCCUGGCUCGUCAUCGCACACUACCAGUCAGGAUAAUACUUCACUGCUGCACCAAUCCCAGGGCGAAGAUGGCGCGGCUGCGGAACCGAAGCCUCGGCAACGUCUGUCUCAAAAGCAGUCCGCGGGCGAUCAAGGGGAGUUUGCUGCAGACUGGGAAUAUGGUGAGAAACGAUACCUAUGUAUCUCAACUGAGAUCCCCACGUCUAUUGCUCUAGACAGAGGCACCGACGAACAAAGCAUACGAUCUGGAAAGAGUCGGAGUCGGCGCGCCCCAGAUGCCGCUUCUCACUCCGAGCGGGAUGAUGAGCCUCUUGGCGGCCCUAAAAGGCGCAGGCACAGAAUUUCUACUGGUUCUCGCAAGCCAAGGACGCGAACCUCUUCAGUUGUUCCCUUUGAACUGAACACUGGUCCUGGUGAAGAGCUAGAUCCGACUGCAGUUAUGAUGGCAACCCUAUGCGAUGACACUGGUCAAGGACGUAUCAGCAGCAAGACCGUACAAAUUAUGACAAAUCAUGCUGCAUGGCGGGCUGCAAACAGGGAGAAGAGGGAGCGCAUGAAGGCGGCCAUGGAAGCAAAGAAGUAUGGCAGGACCAUCCAGGAUGAAGACCAGCCACCGCCCAAAGCUGACACUGAAGUCACAGAAUCGCUCGAAGAUGGUGUCGCUCCAGACGCUGUAUUAGCAGGACCAUCUGCAUCUAUAGAGAACCGUCCUACAAAGAAGGCACGACGAGCCAAUGACGAUUUCGAUUACACCCAGAACCUGGCUACCAGCCGGUAUAACGUGCAAGUCAGGAUUGGCGCGAAUGGCGAGGCAAUUAUUGAUGAAGACUCUCUUUUCGUAAAUCGAAACGAAGAAGAACAUACGGAACAUUAUACUCAUGUGGAAGAGUCGGACACCACAAAGUUCGUCAAUUCUCUGACUUACAGUAGAAAGCUGCGAGGAUCCCGCUGGAGCGCCGAAGAGACAGAGUUAUUCUAUGAUGCGUUGUCACAGUUCGGAGAGAACUACGAACUCAUAGCGUAUGUGCUGCCGGGGCGAGAUCGCAAGUCGUGCAAGAACAAGUUCAAGGCAGAGGAUAAGAAGAAUCCUGCCAGAAUCAAUUAUUGCUUGAACAAUCGUAAACCUGUUGAUAUUCAGACUCUGUCCCGCAUGACGGGUAAGGACUUUUCUGGGCCGACGCCCAUCAUACGCGCCCCGACGCCUCUGCGAUCUACCCAGCUCGACGCCAACCUCCACUCUGCGAGUAUUGAGGAUCCAAGGUCAGUCAAGGAAAACAGCAAGACACCUGGGCCAGCUGGCGAAGCAGAAGAGGAAAUUCUAGGAUCCGUAGAUGAGAUCGAGGAUGGAAAUGGCCCUUCCCGUGGCGGCCACACGACCGAGUAUCCGCAGAAGCCAUACAUUUAG